GAAUUACUGAAUGGCUGACAUUUGACAACAUGCACCACCAGUGGCUUCUGUUGGCCGCAUGCUUUUGGGUGAUUUUCAUGUUCAUGGUGGCUAGCAAAUUUAUCACAUUGACCUUUAAAGACCCCGAUGCAUAUGGCGCCAAACAGGAGUUCCUGUUGCUGACAGCCGUGCCAGAUGCAGGGAAGCUGCCUGGAGAGAAACACUUUCCUGAGGAACUGAAGCCGACUGGGAAAGGGCUGGUUCAGCCCCUGGUCUAUAUGGAACGCCUGGAGCUCAUCAGAAACGUCUGCAAGGAUGAAGCCCUGAAGAACCUCUCACACACCGCCAUCUCCAAGUUUGUUCUGGACCGGAUAUUUGUGUGUGACAAGCACAGGAUUCUUUUCUGCCAGACUCCUAAAGUGGGCAACACCCAGUGGAAGAAAGUGUUGAUCGUGUUAAAUGGGGCUUUUCCUUCCAUUGAAGAGAUCCCCGAAAAUGUGGUUCAUGACCAUGAGAAGAAUGGCCUCCCUCGUCUCUCUUCCUUCAGCGAUGCGGAAAUUCAGAAGCGCUUGAAAACAUACUUCAAGUUUUUUAUCGUAAGAGAUCCCUUCGAAAGACUGAUUUCUGCGUUUAAGGAUAAGUUUGUUCAUAAUCCCCGCUUUGAGCCUUGGUACAGGCACGAGAUUGCCCCUGGCAUCAUUAGGAAAUACAGGAGGAACCGUACAGAGACCAGGGGUAUCCAAUUUGAAGAUUUUGUACGGUACCUGGGCGAUCCAAACCACAGGUGGCUGGACCUUCAGUUUGGGGACCACAUCAUUCACUGGGUGACGUAUGUUGAACUGUGUGCACCCUGCGAAAUAAAGUACAGUGUAAUUGGUCACCAUGAGACCCUGGAGGACGAUGCCCCAUAUAUCUUAAAAGAAGCCGGCAUAGACCACCUGGUGUCUUACCCCACCAUCCCUCCAGGCAUUACCGUCUAUAAUAAAACCAAGGUGGAGCGCUACUUUCUGGGCAUCAGCAAACGAGACAUCCGGCGCCUGUAUGCACGUUUUGAAGGGGACUUUAAGCUCUUUGGGUAUCAGAAGCCAGAUUUUUUGCUAAACUAAUGUGUAGAACUAAUGUGAAUUCAAAUACCUUUUAGACCAGAGGCUAACCAGAUGGGAGAUGUGAGCACAGAAAUGACAUGUCCUCCAUUCCACUCCUUCUGGAGACUCUGCAGCCUCCCAUGGACCUGUGCAUGCCUCGGCCAAUGAAGCUGGAUCCUGACCGUUACAACUUAGUUUGGACAUCAGGUGCACUGAGGGCCCUGGCAGGUCCCCCCUCGGUCUCCUCCCAAGUUGAUGCCAUUAGAAUUCUACUCUCUUCAGAACGUGAAAGGGACUGAACAUCUGCAGUCUGACAGGCUGGGAGGAGAAAUUAUAUGGUGUAGGAGUCAUUUCCCUCGGUUGUUAAAGAGGCAGACACACUGGCAGCUCCCCUAGAGGGUGGGUGGUCCUGCCCGUCACUAACGGAUUGCAAGAAUGGCACCUGGCACUUUGAGGAGAGAUAGAGAAGCUAAUGGUCUGCAAAAAUCACAUGGGGCUAAUACAGGAUCAAAUCUGGCUUUCAUCUUAGCGCUGCUAUCAUCACAGAGGCAAACCAUUCUUUCUUUCUAAGACUCUUUUGUUCCUGUGAAACUCAGAGGUGACCUGAGGGUACUUUUUGGCAGUCCAUCUUUCCAGGAUACAUGCCUUGGUACUUCUAGUCUGUAUUUCUGAACUGCGUGCUGAACAGUUGUCUCACUCAGCCCAAGAGAUGCAACUUAGGAAAGAGGGGAGUGUACAUUCUUUCCACCUGAGGAAAGGAACAUCGUGGGGGGCCUUACAGGAUAUGUAGCGUGGGGGAAGGGAGAGCUGGUUGGGUUCCCGCACUCCCACUGCGGUGGGUUUGAGCAUGUCCACGCUGAUUAUUGUUCACCUCUUUGUCCUAUCCGGAGGGACAACACCCGUCUCUGGGGCCGUCCCCUGCGGCAGAGGCAACCAUGGGCCACAUGCUGGCACUGCAGAAUCAAUGCAAUGUUCACAUGGCAAUUUCCAUUCAUCUCUGCCACAUGCUCACCACUGGACCCGAUUCUGAGAACACCAUCAUCCUGGACUAUAUGUUGGAUAAUCAAGUUCACCAGCAAUAAAACCCUGGGCCGAGGCAUCUUCCAGGCACGAAGGAGCAGGCCACAGCUGCUCUUUCAGAUGUCGCCUGACAGCGAGGGCUCUUGAGAUAUAGGCCAGGUGUCCCUGUGAGAAGUCCUAAGUGCCCGACUCUGUGCAGUACCCACGAGCCCAGCUUUUCUUCCAGGCAGCCUCAACCUCCCCUUUCUCCAAAUGGCUUCCUGAAUUUGUAAAUGUGAAAGUAAAAGAAAAUAAAAAAUAUGUGCCAAACCUGA